AGACUCAAAUGAGGAAAUAAAAGUACGUAGUAUGGGUUGAAGCUCGUAAAUUCAUAGUGGCUUGUACCAAAUCUAAAGUUGAAAUGGCGUUUCUUUUCGUAGUACUUGCUCUUUGCAUGCUGGCAUCCCAAACAGAGGGGAGAGUGCGUCGUUUAAGAAGGCAGAGCUGUCUUAAUGGCACCUACGAGUAUAUGGGAUUGACCUGUUGCAAGUGUGCUGCUGGCUCCAAGGUUGAGGAGCAUUGUACAAGUCAGACUCAAACUCGCUGUGAGCCCUGUGAACCCGGGAAGCAGUACCAAAGUCAUGCCAAUGAGCUGAAAACGUGUGAGUCCUGCACUUCCUGUGGACAUCCAAGUGCUAAUCUGGAGGUGGACAGACAAUGUACUCCUUUGGUUGACUCCACGUGUAAAUGCAAAGAGAAUCACUAUUGCUCCUCUGGGACAACACCUUGCAAAAUAUGUGAGCCUUGUCAGUUGUGUGAUUCAGAAGGUAUCAAAGUGGCCUGCUCUGCUACCAAUAACACUAUAUGCAAUGACAAAUCUAAAGACAAUAAUGUAGUUGUAAUAGUUGGGAGCACAGUGGGGACAUGCCUAGCAGUCCUAGUCAUAGGCGCUGCAGCUUUGUACUUCUAUAAGAAAAGACACUCAGAGCAUAAAAAUAUUCAAAAUGACCGUGAGGAUACACGUGGCCCUGAGGAAAAUAUGUCUCUUCUUGAAAGACUUGGGCCUCACAUCCCUGAAAUUGCAGAAGUGAUUACAUGGAAAAACAUGAGGAAUUUGGCCAUGAAAAGUGGGAUCCACGCUAGUAAAAUUGAAAGUUGUGAGCAGGACCAUCAAAAUAGCAGCACUGAGCGCACCAUUGCUCUUAUGCGCAUCUGGGAGGAGAAGGAGAGCUGGGCUGCGUCUGAAAAGCUCGUCCAGUUCCUAAAACAGACAUAUCAAAACAGUAAAGCUGAAGAGGUGCUGACGAUACUGCGUGGUGGUAACAGUUAAAAUAACAACGGCCUUCUAGUAUACUUGCCUAAGUCAUUUUUUGGCCAAACUGAGUUAUUUGUACUUUACUCUCCAGACCCUGCUGCUCCUGUAGGUGUCAAUGGCUAUAUCCUCAGCCAAUCAGAAAGAUUUUUACAACCCAAAAACACUUGUACAACAUUGUAGGUUCUGUAAAAUCUGUUUUUCUGCUCUCUCAAAGUAUAUAUUAGCUUUUAUUUUAAACUGUCUGGUAUUGUUAUUUUAGAUUACUUCAACGUUCUGUCCUAUAAACAUACAUUCAGUCUAAUAUGUGAAUAAUUACUUUUUCCCACCCUUUUUCCAUCAGAUUUCUGUGCAAAAGUAUAGGAAACCAAUGCAAAUGCUAGGGAGUUCAUGAAUUAUUACUUUCACAAUCAUUUGUGAUUGUGAUUAAGUGUCUGCAUAAUUGAGGUAAGUACUUUAUAAUGACCAAUAUAUAUUCUAAAUUCAAUUUUGCCUUUAGUUUCCAAAAGUAAUAAACAUAUAUGCAUUUUUAGAUUAAAGGUCAAUACAAAAGUAUUUAAAAACUCAGAUCAAAAUGUUUGAUUUUAUAAAGUUGGUCUUAUAAUGAAGGUUUGGCACUUUAUUCUUUUUUUUAUUUUACUAGAUAAUAAAUCUUUUGAAUAUUUAAUUUCACAAUUUGAACUGUACAGAAGUUCAGUCUCCAAGAGAACCAAUACAUCAACAGAAAUGUAAAACCAUGGCCAGAGUUUAUUGUACUAUAUGGCUGUAUGUUUUUAACUUAUACACACUUACUGACAAAUCUAAUAGAGGUCACUGUGGCAGUAGUCCAAAAAAUAUUCAGCUAUUUAAUGAAAAAGUGUUGUCUUUUUUGUUUUCAUUUUCCUGAAAGUGUCAAAAGAUGACAUAGGCAAUUAUGCUAUUAGGCAUUAUUAGAACAAUUAGUAUUUUUAAAAUUAAAUUGUCAUUGCUGUGUUUAUGAUCUCAGGAUGUCCUUAUAGACUUGAAAUAUCUUUUUUUUUUUUAAGAAUGUAUUUAGCUAUGGUGACUUAGCCCAGUGUUUCCCAACUAGGGGUAUGGAGUAUAGUUAUAAUAGUUAUAAUUGCCAUUGUACUAGUAAACAGAUUUAUAAUUACUAAAGAAACUCCAGUACUUAGGGGGUACUCUAGCCUCCUAAGACCGGAGCUCUUGCAAGACGUGUUUUAUUAAAUUCUCUUUGUUAUUUAAGCUGAGUGGGACCUAAUGAGUGUCAGUACAAAGAAUUAUCUUUUUACAUUAUGUAGUUUAUGAGAAAGUGAUGUAAAUCAAAUGUCCUCAUAUGUGAUUUAAUCAUUUUGAUAAAACAUUUGAGUAAUGAUUUGCAAGAACUAUUUAUUAAGACCUUAAACACAGCAACAUUUGUCCUCAAUGUAAAAACAAAAUGAAAAACAACAAUUGUGCCUCUUGGAAAAAUGUGUCUCACAUGAAGUGCUGCUGACAGGAGCAGGAAGGCAUGUGCCUUUACAAAAAAAAAUAAAAAAUGUAAUAUUCUAAACAUUCUAAACUCUUACAUUCAAAUUGAUUACAUUUACAUUGUUGCUGUUCUUGUAUGCUGUUAUUCUUCUUCUAAAAGUUUGCAUUGUGGCCUAGACAACCCAAAAUAUGUUGUCCACAUAUGUGGACGCCAAGUCCUAGGAGGCUAGACAAAAUGUGUCUAUGUGUUGUCUUUUGCCUUGUGUGUGCAUGAUUGUAUUAUAAGCAUAUAUAAUGUAAUGUAAUGAUAAUAAAAGCUCAAAACUAAUAUUG